GUACACCUCAUGUACAAUGGUCCUCAUUUAGCUUUGAAUUAUUUUGUUGUGAUUAUACAUUUCCAUAAUAGGCACAAUAGACCAUUCAGAUACGGAGGCAUCAAAUUACAACCCAACCUAUAUGUAUUAGCUACUGCAGUUCUGUUCUGAUGCGGUUGUAAAGAAACAGUUUAAAGACAUAUUUUUGGUAAUGAAAAACAGUCUGUUUUGAGACUGCGGGCCUUUGCACCUGACGAACUAAAACGUGGAGGAAUGCGGUUAUCUAUCCGUUUAAGAAAAUCGAGAGUGCGACACUGACUGCGACUGCGCGAAUUUGCAGGAAGUGUUAAUAGUCGUUUUACCAGCUGAUAUAUUGUCAACAGUCUCAAGACGGGGACCUUUGAUCGUUUCAGAGAGCGCCGAUAUCGUCACUGAGAGAAGAAGAGGAGAGUUGGAGAAAGACUUCACGUCCCAGAGUCCCCUGUAGUCUGAGCUCCCAUCACUGGGAGGCUCCCGCCCUCCUCAUCUCUGUCACCAUGGCUACCAGAGGGAGUGGCCGGCCCAACUGCAUGCUGCCCCAGACAAAGAUAUGCCAGUUUAAACUGGUGUUGCUGGGAGACAUGGCUGUGGGCAAGUCCAGCCUGGUGCUGCGCUUCGUCAAGGGACAGUUUGAUGAGUUCCAGGAGACCACCAUUGGAGCUGCAUUCCUGGCCCAGUCUGUGUGUCUAGACGACACCACUGUGAAGUUUGAGAUCUGGGACACGGCGGGACAGGAGCGCUACCACAGUCUGGCUCCCAUGUACUACCGCGGGGCACAGGCUGCCAUCGUGGUCUUUGACAUCACCAAGCCGGAGACGUUUGAGCGAGCCAAAGCCUGGGUGAAGGAGCUACAGAGGCAGGCUAGCCCCAACAUUGUCAUCGCUUUGGCAGGGAACAAGGCGGACCUGGCUGAGAAGAGACUAGUGGAGUACGAGGAGGCCCAGACUUAUUGUGAAGACACUGGGCUUCUCUUCAUGGAGACCUCUGCCAAGACGGCCAUGAAUGUCAACGAUCUGUUCCUGGCCAUUGCCAAAAAGAUGCCAAAAACAGACACCCAGAACCCUACACACGCAGCACGACACAGAGGAGUGAACCUACAGGACCCUGAUGCCCACAACACCCGAUCCUGCUGUGGAGGAGGAGGAGGGAACUAGGACUGCUCCACUUCCACCCUGCCAUCCCUGCUCCCAACCUCUGGGGUCGGGCAAGGGGGCACCCUCUUCAAACCUCCACCCUCCCUCCCAUCUACCCUGUCAGCCACAGAGAGAUAGAGACAUAGGGAAAGAGUCGGAACAGGACGGUUGUCUUUUGCGAAGCCAGAUAGAUUUCUGACAGACAGAGGUCUGAUAAAGACUGACAGACAGGAAGAAAGAGUGAGUGUGACAAGACUAUAUUAUUUAGCACUAAUCGUGGAUGUUGUUUUGCCUUCUGUCUGUCUCGAUUCAUUUCAAUCAUGGUUCCAUUUCAUUAUGCAAUCGCUGCAGUGUCGGUUCUUGAGUGGCAGAGAGGGAAGAAAGGAGAGCUGGAGCGAGGGAGUCUUAAGGGAUGAGGGGGGAAAAGAGGGAAUGGGAUGCAGGUCACACUCCCCCAAAGUAUUCCCAUUACUGCUGUCCUGAAUGCCCCCUCAUCACCCCCUCUAGCAUGGGCCCCAGGCUGCCUGAACAACCUAAAUCCUGAAGCCUUGGCCUGAGCCAUUCCAGACACUUCCCGGUUGCCACAGAUAGAAUAACCCAUGUCAGAUGGCACAGUUUACCCACAACCGCAUGAGAGGGAGGGAAACACAGUUCACGGCCUCUUCUGAUGCCCUUAUUUCCUCUGGCCUCAUUUAUUUCCCCUAGGCUAUAUUAUUAUUAUUAAUACUCCUCAGAGCAGCGGUGUUGCGAGACAUCAUGGUGCCAAUGCCAGUCUGGUAUCAUCCAGGCCCCUCGUCCUCGAUCUCACCUCCACCCACAUAUGUACAGUAGAUAUACACUGAAGAACCCACAGUACAGAGUGAGUCUGCUCUAUGCCAUGUCUGAGUCUGGCCCUCGCUGGAGACCACCGCUGUUUCUAACAAUCAAUCCACUGUCUAGUGCAGCGUUUCACAAACUCCUUCCUGGGCCCCUCCUGGGUGCGUGUUUUGUUGCCCUAGCACUACACAGCCAGGGGGCCCAGGACCGAGCUUGGAAAACCCUGGUUACUGCAGUGAUAUCCAGGGCUGCAGUGUCUCCUGGUCAGGAGAAAAUCCUUGCCUCUCCUGAGUGAUAAUAUAUAGUAGGAUCUCAAAACGCUAGCCUGGUCUCAGAUCUGUUUGUGCGGUCAUUGCCAAGUCCCUAUGGUUGACAAUGAUCGCGGAGCUAGACAGAAAAAGCCGAUCUGGGACCAGGCUACAAACCCCUCUAGGGAUGAAGUCCUGUAGUUAGGAAACCAUUGUAUCUUGCCUGUCAUGUUGUGAAUGCAUGGGCCAUGAUAUACAUGCUAUGUUCUUCUGUUCCUCGUUUGUCCUGUGUCUUACUGCGUAAGAGUUGAUGUAAAUGAAAACAAUGUGAUAACGCUUUUAAUGACUGACUAACGAGCCGAUGCUGUUCAAAGCACUGGUUUGGAGACGGACAGCUGUGAAUACAGAGCUACCCACUCUGUUGAUGGACUCCAUUAACACAUAACCCCUAGACAUUCCAUAUAGGUCUGGAUGGAUGAGAGAAGGCAUGUUUGCUUCACCUUGUCGACUGAUCGACUGGGUGGAUUUAUGUUUGCCAUAUUGCUUCUAACACUCCAUUUGUUUCAGAUCUACAGGGAGGUAGGUAGGUGAUAGGGGGGUCGUUUUGGAAUUGCGCAUGUUUAGCUAAGAAUAAUAAGGGUGCUUACAAGGGGUUUGAAAAACAACAAAGUGCCUACUCUGUUUUAUUCCCCCUGUGUGCUUUGUGAGUUUGCUCUGGGGUGUGUUCAGUAGGUAGCAGUCCAAGUAAAGCACAUCCCUGUAACCAUUAGCUGCCUGCACGUUGUCUGUCAGUCUGCCCUUUGAACUCUUGUCAAAUACACCAUGUAUUCUCACCUAAUUGUAUUGAACCCGUUUUGUUUGUGUUUGAUUUUACUGACUAGAAUACCCAUGUCAUCCUGGAAUGAAUCGCUAACUAAGGACCCUAAUCGAUGUGAUGAGCUCUACUUAAUUUAAAAACUAGUUGUUUCAUGGGCUCAUCAUGAUUAACUGAUGAAUCCAUGAGUCACUCAUUCAUUAACUCCCUGAUCACAGGUUGUGUGUAAUAAUAAAGUUCACACAAUGUGGGGGAAAAACUGAACUCCCAUCAGCACCUCUGUAAAGCGUUGUUCAAUAAAGAUGUGCUAUUGCGCCAUGUGUGCAGUCAGUGACUGAA